GACGCGUCGCACCGUGAGCCGUAAAAUUUUCUGUUUUACAACUGCCAAAGUCUCUCGCUGAUAGUCAAUAGUAAAUAAAUCGAGUGUACAGUAAAAUAAACAAAAGCGUUAUUCAUAAAUUAUCAGCUGUGUUUUAUCUCUUCAAGCAGGCAAGGCAACGUUAACGUCUUAUCAGCACAAAAAAUUAUUGUCAUUUCGACACAUGUACUCGACAAGAUCGCAGUGAAUUUCUUUUGUCGCAAAUAAUCCGUUUGCCAAACGUCAUCAUCUCGUCAUUGGAAUUUUUUUGCUUGCUGUGUGCCAUUUAUAGGAAGUGCAACACUGUAUCUUAUCAGAAUCGAAACCCGCCAGUUAAAUAUCGUCGUCGUCGUCGGUAGCAAAGUCGAAAUCGGCGCGACACAUCACAUAUCAGUCGAUUAGUAGCGAUUCCGGCGAUCACAUGUGCUAGGCAGCACUUGAACAAACUACAAAAGUCACAAAAUAAAAAUGAAUCGCGGUAAUCAGCGAGACUUUUAUCAGAAAAUAUUCGAAAAAUGUGAGCCAAAUUUGGUGAUUCAGACAGUUGAGAAGACGCAGGGCAGUCAAAAAGGUGAUAAUUACACGUCGGUACUGGAUAGUGUCGUGUUAAAAGGUACAAUAAAAGCUCCCACGGACACAACGGCGCCUUCGGAAUGGAAAAAAUCCGUUUUUUGUAAGAGAUUGCCGGAGAGUGAAGCGCGACGUGAAACGUACAAAAGUGUUGGACUCUUUCACAACGAAAUCGCCUUCUAUAAGAACAUUUAUCCGGAGUUUCAGGCGUUCCAGAGGGAGCAUGGGGUGAGAGAUGAUGACGCUUUUACGGCACUCCCGAAGUGCUUUUAUGCCGAAGAUAAUGUACUCGUGCUGGAAGAUAUGCGGGAGACUGGUUACCGGAUGCAGGACCGCAAAGAAGGCUUAUCUGUGGAGCAAAUUAAGUUAGUGUUGAUUGAGUUGGCGAAAUUUCACGCUUUGAAUCUCGCGAUGAAAUUCAAAGAGCCUGAACGUUUCCGGCUGCAGAAGGAACAAAUUUCCGAGGGGAUUUUUCGGAGAGAGCACAAGCAUUGGUACGAAAAUUAUUACGGCGCACUCACAUCGAAUGCCAUCGGGAUGGUGUGCGAUGGCUUACCGGAACGGCCCAAGUACAUUAACAAAGUGAAAGACUUUUGCAAAAACUUUUUCGAAGACUUUACAAAUCUCCUGGCAUGCGAAACGCCGCUCUCGGUGCUGUGUCACGGCGAUUGCUGGACCAAUAAUUUGCUUUUUUCGUACACACCGACGGGCGAACUUCAUCGCACGGCCUUUAUUGACUUCCAAUUGAUGCGAUACGGUUCGUUGACAUUGGAUCUCGCAUACGCACUGUACUUAUCAGUACCUUAUCAGGUUCGACGAACACAUAAAAUGGACUUGAUUAGAUUUUAUUACGACAAUUUAGUGAGACAACUGUGUCUUUAUGGACCACUGCCGCAGGAAUUACAAUCGCGCGAUCAUUUGUGGGAGCUCAUUCAGCAGGAUUUGCAGCGAUUUUCCAAAUUUUCGUUGUACGUUGGCAUGGAUAUGAUCCCGAUAAUGACGUGCGACAGCGAAGAGGCGCCCGAUGUGUAUGAGGAAGAAGAUGAGACAACGCAGGACGACGUGCAUGUGACACAAGCACCCGAAUUGGGCAUUCCAGUGAACGAUUUGUGUCGCCUGACGAUGGUUGAACUGGUUGUUGAGUUAGUGGAUGACGGGCUUUUAUAAAUAAAUUGGUUCGAAUAUCUUUUUUUUUUAUUGUGAAUAAAGUUUUUUUCUUCAAAUAUUUACAAAA